AUGAUUAAAAUAUUUCUACCAAUAAUUUUUUUAAUUGCCAAUAGCAUUUGUAAAGAUGAAGAAGAAGCGACAGAAAAGCUAAAAUGGAAAGACGAUGAUGGGCUCGAGGUGAAAAUUAUUCGACGAAUAAAACCGGAAAAAUGCACAAUAAAAAGUCAACCCGGUGAUAUCGUCGAUCAGUAUUAUAAAUUAAGCGAUGCAAAUGGCAAUGAAAUUGGUUCGAAUUUUGGAAAAAAACCCUACACUUUUAAACUUGGAGCAAAACAAGUAAUCGAAGGAAUGGAUCGAGCGAUGGCCGGUAUGUGCAUCGGUGAGAAAAGAAAAGUUAUCAUACCAUCAGCACUAGGAUUUGGUAAAGAAGGUCGCCAGAGUGAUUCGAUUGAGAGUGGACAAACCCUCUAUUACACCGUGCAGUUGGUCAAUAUUUUUAGACCUGUUCCUGGACCAACAUGGACCGAUGACGAUGGCCUUAAAAUUGAGGUAACACAUAAAAUUGACGAGGAUAAAUGUCGUAAAUCGGAAGCCGGCGAUACAAUUCACCAACACUAUACGCUUCACCUGGAAGAUGGUACAUUUGUCGACUCAAGUUAUAGCCGUGGUGCACCUUUCAUCUUUACGCUUGGAGCAAAGCAGGUGAUCGAUGGAAUGGAUCGAGCGAUGACUGGAAUGUGUGAAGGUGAAAGACGUAAGGUGCGAAUUCCUCCAGCACUUGGUUAUGGUGACGAUGGAAGAUCUCCGUCGAUUCCUGGAAAAGCUACGCUUUAUUUUGAAAUUGAAUUGCAUAAAUUAAUCAAGCACAGCGAACUUUAA